AUUUUUAAAUUAAUGUCGAUUUUACUUAUCUCAAAACUAAAUUUGAUGAUAAUGUCAUCGGAACAGCUGAUGUUAAUUUCUGAUUAUUAGUUUCUCAUUAAAUUUUAAUAAUGUUCAUGAGUCAAGUUGUCAAAAUAUCUCGAGGACAUUUAUCACGUUGGGUUUAAUUAGCGCACCUUUAAUUCUUCAUAUUUUUCCAUCUGAUUUCAUCGAAGAAGAUAGAAAAAUUUUCGUAGAAUUAAUAGCAAAAACAUUAUCGGUAGCCGAAAAUAAAGGAAAUGAAAACGAGGAAGUUAGUUCGGCCUUCGGGAAAGCUAACUUUAGGGGAAGGGGUGUCGCUAAAACCUCACAUAUUACGUCACUAAGAUUAUGUUACGUCACACGCAUAAGGUAGAAAAAUCGUUUCGCCAUCCCAGAUGACACACACAGAACAUCCAAACAGCAGAGAUGCAUUCGAUAAGUAUUUUUUCUAUCUUCAUAUCUAUAAUUUACUCUGCUCAAGCAGAUUUUAAAGUAUAUUGGGAAGUUCCUUCUUUUCUUUGCAGUAAAAAGUAUAAAAUUAAUAUAACGCAAGACUUAACGAGUCAUAAAGUAUUAGUUAAUCAGGGAGAGGGUUUUAAUGGAGAUAAAAUAGUUAUUUUUUAUGAAAAUCAACUCGGAAAAUACCCUUAUAUCGAUCCUACUAAAGGUGACGUUAAUGGAGGCCUCUUGCAAGUAGCAGAUUUAAAAGAGCAUUUAAAGGUAUCGAAAGAUGAUAUUACGAAAUUUAUACCAAAUCCAAAGUUUGAUGGAAUUGGUGUGAUAGACUGGGAAUCGUGGCGCCCUAGCUGGGAUUUUAACUGGGGCAAAAUGAAAGUAUAUAGAGAAAGAUCGAUAGAUCUUGUAAAAAGUAAACAUCCAGAUUGGUCAUCAAAGAAAAUUGAAGAAGCUGCUAUAAAAGAAUGGGAAGACAGUGCCAAGGAAUGGAUGUUGAAAACAUUGAAACUUGCUGAAGAUAUGAGACCUGAUGCAGGCUGGUGCUACUAUUAUUUUCCUGAUUGUUAUAAUUACAAUGGGAAAGAUCAACCAUCACAAUUUACUUGUAACGCUAGAGUGCGGGAGCAAAAUAGCAGAUUAUCUUGGCUGUGGAAUCAAUCUACUGCACUUUGUCCAUCUAUUUAUACUCAAGAAUCUCAUAUAAAAAAAUAUAAUAUGUCUCAACGAGCUUGGUGGAUUGAUGCACGAUUGAGGGAAACCAUGAGGGUAGCCAACCCUAAUACACCAAUUUAUCCGUACAUAAAUUAUGUUUUACCGGGUACUAAUGAAACAAUACCAUCGAUGGAUUUCAAGAGGAUGCUAGGGCAAAUUGCUUCACUUGGUUUAGAUGGCGCUAUCAUUUGGGGUUCUUCUUAUCACGUUUUAACUAAAUCACAGUGUGAACUGACGGCUACGUAUGUGAAAGAUGUGAUGGCUCCUACAAUAGCUACUGUGGUACUCAAUACAAAUCGUUGUAGUCAAGUAAUUUGCAAAGGAAGAGGACACUGUUAUUGGCCAGAUGAACCAUUUACUUCCUGGAAAUAUUUAAUAGAUCCUAAACUGCCUGUAUUCAAGCCUACUAAUAUUUCUUGCAAAUGUAAAGGUUAUACCGGACGUUAUUGUCAAAUUGCACCUUAAUGUUGUAUCCAAGAUUGCAUUGUAAUUUUAACGUGUUCAAUAUUGAAUUAUUAUUUAAUGUAAAUUUUAAGACUCUUUUAAAUAAUUUAAUGAUAAAAAUUGUUUUUAACAUAUAAAAUA